CCUAGACUAAUAAUAAUUCACGCCUCUCCCCUCUCUUCUUCUUAACCCCUGCCCAAAAUACUUCCUCAUAUUUUGCCCAAAUAAUUUGCUCCCGUUCUGCCCCAAUAGAAGGUCUUAGUGUUGAUUGAGGGUUCAAAAACGCUGUUCUUCCUCUUCGAGAUCUUUAAGGAUAAUAUAAUGUACAUAGAUGAGCAGAACAGUGCUGCGAAUCGGACCUAUAAACUGGGUUUGAACUGAAUCGCUGAUCUCACCAAUGAGGAGCACCGGUCCAUGUAUUUGGACAUAACUUGGUGCUGAGGAUGUGGUUAUAGAGGAAGGCAGUGCUGGAGAGGCAGGAAAAACAGCAGCUCAAAGUGCAUGAGAAAAUCUUUAUUUUGCCCUAAUCCGGCUGGUGACACUCCUUCGUCCGCUAGAUUGGUUGAUGCGAUCGUCAGCGGUUGCAUUCCUGUUGUAAUUAGUGAUGAACUGGAGCUUCCUUUUGAGGUAAUACUCGAUUAUCGGAAGCACUCUAGACAUUUCUUGUAUUCUCAUCCUGCUCAACCAAUGGGGCCGGAAGAGUUGGUUUGGAGAAUGGUAUGUUACUCUAUCUAUAUUCAAUCUUAAUAUACUGCCAUCACCAUCUAGCGCAUUUGUUGCUUGAAUGUGUAAAAUGUUUGUACAAGAAGUGUUGUAUGAAGAGUUGGUUUUUGACACAGUUGACAGUACCAUUGUUGGAUGCUGAACAUUUUAAUGUGUGAAUUUUAUUGGUAGGACUGAUGACUUGGUGUUGGCCCCUUGUAUUAUAGUAGAAUAUACUGGAUGGACCCCUCCUAUGGGUGUCUCUUUCUUAAGUUAUUUUCUCUCCCCCUACUUUAGAGGGGAUGGAUGAGCAGUCACUUUAUUUAUUUAAUAAAAGGGAUAAUUUUUUUGGUGUACCCUAGAUUUAGACAAUAGUAACAACCUCUAAUUUUUAUUUUGUUUUUGGGUUCUAGGAAAUCCUUUUUAAAUUCAGUUGAUAAAAAUGAUUGCCUAAAUUGACAGCAACAGUGGCAGUAACAUCUAAUAAUUAACAAGAAUAAAAAAUGGAUUCUUUCUAACAAGAUUAAUAUGAAUAUAAAUUGUUUUGCUACUUCCUUUCUGCUAAUCACACUGAAAAGCUCUGUAAAUAAGCUGAUGCUCUAAUGAAACUCACAAAGAGUUUUCAUAUAAUCAUUGUAUUUGAUAUCACAAUGUGAAUACUUUUUAAAGAUUAUAGUUUAAGAGUUAAAAAAUACAGUGAUAUACUUAAUUUUUUGUAGACUUGCUUUAAACUUCAUAUUUUGUUGUCCAAUAAUCUGAUUCUUUUGUUCAUCUUUGAAUUAGUUUCUGUUUAAUAUGUGCAACAAUCAAAUCAAUUCUCACUUUCUGAUAUCUCUUGUAUGGUGUUUGUAUUCCAAUGUUCACCCAGAAAUAUUUUUAGAGAUCCAUUGUCGUGUAUUCCAAUGUUUACCUAGAAAUAUCUCUUGGAUGGUAAAGAAAUGAGGCUACGACAAUGGCUGUUGUGAGUCUCUCUAGCCCUGGCAUAGGUGAAGGAAUGGGAUGACAUUAGAAGGGCUUAUGGGUUUUCUUUUUCAGGUUCAUGUAUUGCCAAUGGUUCUUACUUAUUUUUCUUUGCUUUUCUUCUUGAUUAUAAUUGGUACAAAUGUCUAAAAUGUGGUAUCUAUCUUUAUCUCAUUAUUUUAUAGGCCAGGACUGAUAUUUAAGACACAGCUCAUGUCGAAGAUUGUUGAGAAGAAAAUUAACGAGGCCGACAGGGUGGUUUCACUCACUACUUAGUGGUUGUUUU